AUGUCGGCCGCGCAACUGCUCAACCCAAAGGCCGAGUCCCGCAGGAGGGGCGAAGCUCUCAAGGUCAACAUCAAUGCCGGCGUGGGCUUGCAGGAUGUCCUCAAGUCCAACCUGGGGCCUCUGGGCACCAUCAAGAUGCUCGUCGACGGUGCUGGACAGAUCAAGCUCACAAAGGACGGAAACGUGCUGCUGCGCGAGAUGCAGAUCCAGAACCCGACGGCCGUCAUGAUUGCCCGAGCCGCGACAGCGCAAGACGACAUCUGCGGAGACGGCACCACCUCGGUCGUGCUGUUGGUCGGCGAGCUGUUGAAGCAGGCAGACCGGUACAUCUCGGAAGGACUGCAUCCCCGGAUCAUCACCGACGGCUUCGAGAUUGCAAAGAUCGAGGCGCUCAAGUUCCUGGACUCCUUCAAGCUGCCCAAAGAGGUGGACCGAGAACUGCUCCUCAACGUCGCGCGCACCUCCCUCGCCACCAAGCUCAACGCCAGCUUGGCCCAGAAGCUCACCCCCGACAUUGUCGACGCCGUGCUUGCCAUCUACCAAGCGCCCGCUAAGCCCGACUUGCACAUGGUGGAGAUUAUGAAGAUGCAGCAUCGCUCAGCCUCAGACACGCAGCUGAUUCGGGGACUUGCUCUGGACCACGGCGCCCGGCAUCCAGACAUGCCGAAGCGACUGGAGAACUGCUAUAUCCUGACCCUCAACGUCGGCCUCGAGUACGAGAAGACGGAGAUCAACUCGGGCUUUUUCUACUCAAACGCCGACCAGCGCGAUAAGCUGGUGGAGAGCGAACGCCGGUUCAUCGACGCCAAGCUCAAGAAGAUUGUGGAGCUCAAGCAGGAGCUCUGCGGCACCGACGGCAAGAAGAACUUUGUCAUCAUCAACCAGAAGGGCAUCGACCCUCUCUCUUUGGACGUGCUGGCCAAGAAUGGCAUCCUGGCGCUUCGUCGGGCCAAGCGGAGAAACAUGGAGCGGCUGCAGCUGAUAUGCGGCGGCACCUCUCAGAACAGCGUCGACGACUUGUCCCCCGAAGUUCUGGGCUGGGCCGGCCUCGUCUAUGAGCAGACGCUGGGCGAGGAGAAGUACACGUUUGUGGAGGAGGUCAAGGACCCCAAGUCGGUCACCAUCAUGAUCAAAGGCCCUAACCAACACACCAUCUCCCAAGUGACGGACGCCGUCCGAGACGGGCUGAGGAGCGUGUACAACAUGAUUGUCGACAAGAGCGUCGUGCCAGGCGCCGGAGCUUUCCAGGUGGCCUGCGCCACUCACCUGAAGAGCGACGCGUUUUCCAAGACGGUCAAGGGCAAGGCGAAAUGGGGCGUGGAGGCCUUUGCCGACGCGCUUCUCAUCAUUCCCAAGACCCUAGCCGCCAAUGCGGGACACGACAUUCAGGAUGCCCUUGCCACGAUGCGGGAUGAGCAUUCCGAGGGCGAGGUGGUUGGCUUGAACCUGGAGACUGGCGAGACGAUGGAUCCCGAGCUCGAGGGCGUCUUCGACUCGUUCCGCGUGCUGAGGAACUCGAUUGCGUCGAGCUCGAGCAUCGCGUCGAACCUGUUGCUCUGCGAUGAGUUGCUGAAGGCUCGACAGAUGGGCAGGCAAGGCGGACCGGGCCCGGGCAUGGAUGGGCCCGACGACCACAUGUAA